AUGGAGAACUUGACCUUUUUGGUCACGCUCUUGUGUGGCUACGCCUCUUUGGCGUGGUCUCUUCGCCUACCCAACGUGCUGGACGCCUGGCAGCGGUUCUUCACAAGCUGCUUGUCCCCUCCAGACGAUGAUGCCGUGAAGUCACGGCUGCAAGAGUACCGCCAGAAUCACAUGCCGGACUGGGUGCCGAUUUUCACCAAAACCGGCGAAAUCUACUUGGUGGUUUGGACCCUGCUGCGCCUGAGCUUUCCUGCGGCCUGGACGAAGCCUGCAUGGCAAGACCUGCACAUGUGGAGCCUUGUUAUUGCUUUGGUGGGUUUGCGAUGGUCGUGCCACCCUUCCGCGAACACAUCCUUGUGGCAGCGAAGGCUUAUGUCGACGACCUUUUCCAUGGCUUCUAUGAUGUCCCAAGUUGACCUGCCCAAGCAACUGGGGCACGUGAAUGGGGUGGCCUAUGCCGCAACCACAUUGUUCAUAGGUGAUCCCUGGUUUGGCUUGGGUGCAUACAUCGCCUGCUGCCCACUUCGAUUUCUAGCCUGCGGACACGGCGAAAGCUCCGCGUCCUUCGAUGUGAUUCUUUACGUAAUGAACGAUGUCCUAACGUCUUCCUUCAUUUUCAUCAUCUUGCAGCAUAUGGAUUACUUGCUGGCCGUGCUGCUGCGGACGACAGCUGAUCUGGAAGAUCAGGUGCAGGAGAAAGAGAAGAGCAUGAGGGCGACGGAAGACUUGCUGUCAGCUGCGCGUCGGCUUCUUUCCGUGACCUGUGAUUGCUGCGAGCAGCUGACUGACAGUUUCGACAUCGACCAGCCGUCCCAAAAGGCGUUGGCAUUGCUGCAAAUCAAGAACCCAGAGGACGAGCCACAUCUUGAACCUUGCAUGUCUUCCUUGCCAUUCUUGCAAUUCAUUUGCGCAGAAGACCGACAUCGGUUCCAGGCGUUCAUCGCGGCGUCCAAUGAUGUUCAGGCACCCUCCUCCCUCCACCUCCGCAUGCAAACCUGCACUGCCUUGCCUUUCGAGGCACAAGUCUUCCAUGUGAACGUGCCGGGAACCUUGUCUCAGCCGCAGCAUCUCAUUGGCAUAAAACUGGCAGCGGCUGAGAUGAUGAGUAUCCCGGAGCACUGUACCGUGGAGGCUUCGCCCUUCAUUCCAGCUAGUCACCCUGGACCCCGCACUGCCCCCAGCCAGCGUAGCCACCGCUCUGCCUGCUCCAGCAGCGCCAAGAGCUCGAAGACUUCGAAGAGUUCGAAGAGCGAGCCUGCAUUGGAGCGUGAGACAUGGAUUCAUCGUGUGUCGCUGGCGGUGGACCCAUCAGAUGCCUGUGUCGUUUCAUCCGUCCAUGUGGAGUUCCAGAAGUCCCAACGGCCAAGCUUGCUAGCUUGGAUCGGCAGCAGAAGCAAGUCUGCAGUGGAAGGGCUUAUUCAACACCACUUGAAUUGUUGGCAUCACGGAGGGAAGUCUGCACAGGUGUGCCAGCAUGUAAAGCUCAAUAUUCCAGACAUGCCCAGUGCUUUCACCGCAGGCGAAAUGUCAGUAGCCUGGAUUGAAGAUUUCGAGGCCGAACACGAUCAGGAAUACCCAAGCUCCAUACAUGUGGCUUUGGGGAGCAUCGCGCUUGCCGCCCGAAAAGGGCGCAACAAGGUCCCCGACUCGUGA